AUGGCAUUUCAUUCAAAUGAUGGAUAUAAUUUAUCAUUGAAAGGCAAUUCUCUUCAACCGCCGUCAGGAAACGUCUCAUCACGUUCAGCUAGUGCAAGAAGUCAUUCUCAAACGAGACAACCUGUCGCACCCUCUAGAAUAGGCAGUGGUAGAGAUCAUCGAACAAAUCCGAAUAUUAGUAACGCUCGACAAAGACGACAUAGUAAUAGUGGUCAAAGACCUGCCUGGCUUACAUCUCCUACACCAGAUCCUAAACAAAAUACUUCAACAUCGUCCAGUGUAUAUCGUGCAUCCAGUCCACAGCAAGAUGAUGUUGACGCAUUUUUUACCGAUCGAGUACAUCAAAAUUAUCAUCAACAACAGAAAUUCGACGAAGAUCAAUGGGAUGAUACGCAUAAUUGGGUUGAUAAACUUCAUUCUGUUAAUGGAUCGUUCACACCGCAGCAACAUAUUCAACCAGUCGGUCCGACAGGCAUCUCACGAGAUAGUCUAAACGGAGCAACGAAUCUUCUUCAGUCAAGUCACAAUCGGCGGGGACAACAUAUGCCAGCGUCGUAUAUAGCCGGUAUUUCUCAAGCGACACCAACUGAAGUCGAUCUACGAAAGAAAAUGGCUUCAAUUACGAUUCAACGAUGGUAUCGAAAGAUUCAAAUGAGACGAAAAAUGGCGGAAGCUGCAUUGAAAAGAGUACUCGAACAGAAGAAAAUCGAACAUCAAGCAUCAGUGGAACGAAACAAAGAACUAGAAAAACUUGCCUUAUUGGAACAGAAGAAAAAUCGAGAAGAUAAACUACGUCAAACACGGUUAACAACUCUGAAGGAAGCUCAACAACCGCGAAGAAAACCAUCGUAUGAAAAUCAUAUUAAAAUCGAUGAACGUCGUCCAUCGACACCCAAUCAUCGACCAGUAUCCUCGCGACAUCGAACAAAUCCCAAUCCAUUGCCACUUCCACCUUCUUCACACGUUGAUGAAAAGUUUACAUCUGACAGUUCGACAACAUCCAAGGUAACGCUGACUGAUGUUUAUGAAACAUUAAGAAAACUAGAGGAAGUCGAACAAUUUCCUGUUCAAUCACCUCAUGAGAAUGAAUCGGCCUAUCUUAUCGAUGCAGAAACACCUCCGGCCAGUGAAACCCCGCCGAGUCGGGUGGAUUCGAUCCUAUCAUAUCUAGACGAAGCAAAUCACAAUGAUGUAGCUACUAUAGAAAGUGUUCGUUCACAAAAAUCAACAGCACCUUCGACUGUUCGUUUCACUACGCCGCCCCAGUCCACUCGACAGCAACAACUUCCGACAAAAAAAGUCGCACAAUCUGUUUCUGUCACACAGACACGUGCAUCUCCCUCGAUUGACCAACAGAUCAAACACGGAAGUAAACAAUCGCAGGCCACCACUACACAUAAAUCUUUGGCAGUAACUGCUCCUACACGAAAAUCUCCAGAAGAAGAAAUCGAAAGCGAAGCGAAUAUUGAGGAUCAUGAGGCGAUUCGAACUGCUCAAGACAUAACUGAGACUGUCAUGCAAUUACGCAUGGAAAAUGAAGAAAAACAACGUCAACUGAUUAUCUCUCAACAAAGAUUGAAUCAACAACGUGAAUUGAAUAUUCGUCACGCGAAAGAGUCCGAACGAGAGUUAGAACAUCGAUUACAAUUACAAAAGGAUGAUUACGAAGGAACCAUUCAACGACACUUAACUUUCAUCGAUCAGUUGAUCGAUGACAAAAAGAAAUUAUCUGAGCGAUGUGAACGAUUGGUUUCUGAACUGAAAACCAUCGAUAAGAAAUCUGGCGAUCGUUUGAAGACAAUGGAAGAAUCUCAUCGAAUCGAAUUACAAAAGUUGAAAGAUGUUCACGAAGCAGCAGAAAAGCUGCGUCGUGAACGAUGGAUCGAUGAAAAAACAAAGAAAAUCAAAGAAUUAACCGUUCGUGGUCUCGAACCAGAAAUUCAAAAGUUAAUUGGUAAACACAAAGCUGAAUUAGCAAAAAUGAAAACAGUUCAUGAAGCCGAAUUACUAGCAGCUGACGAACGUGCCGCACAACGAUACGUUCGAAUGACCGAAGAUCUUCGCGAUCAACUCGAACGAGAAAAAGAGUCAGCAAUCGCGCGAGAACGUGAUAUAGCACGUGAAAAAUAUGAAAAAGGCAUUCGAGAUGAAGAAAAAGCGUUUGCCGAACAACGACGUCGAUUGUAUGCUGAAAUCGAAGAUGAAAAAAAUCGACAAGCAGAAUUAGUAUCCAAACAACGUGCCGAUCUCGAUAAACUUCGUCGUGACAUUGAAGAAAACCAUCGUACAGCUGUCGAUGCUGCUAAACGUGAAUACGAAGCGAUACGCUUAGAACAAGAACGACGACAUGCCAGUGAAAUCAAUGAAUUGAAAGAAAAACUAGCGAUCGAAAAGCAAAGUUGGGAAGAAAACUACAUGAAGAAGCAAGAAACAUUCCUUUCUGGAAAAGAACGGGAAUUACGAGAACAGAUGAGACGUGAACGAGAUAAAGAGAUUGAAAAGAUCAUUGCACAAUUUGAAUCCGAUACAACACUGACAAAAGAAGAAACGGAACGCACAACAGAAAAUCGAAUCAAACGUAUGCGAGAAAAAUACGAAGCUGAAUAUCGUGAACUUGACUAUUCCGAAAAACAAACCAAAGCACGCUAUAAUCAAAUAAAAUCCCAAAUGGCUGAAAUCGAAGGCGAAAAUGAGCGAUUACAAGUCAUUCUCAGACAAAAAGACACAGAAGUCAACGACAUUAAAAAGAUCACGGACACCUUACAAAAAGAACGGGAGCGUUUAUCCGAUAUCAUUCGACAGGAAUUCGCUGAUCGACUCGUAUUGACCGAAGAAGAAAAUCGACGAAUUAAAGGUGAUAUGGCCGAAUUACGCGCUCGACAGCAAGUCGAACUUGAUAAGAAAAAAGAAGAGAUUGAAAUUUUACAACGAGAAAAGGAAAAAGAAUUGGAAACUGUGCAUGAAAAAAUCAAACAAGCAAUUAGUAAAAAAGAUGAACAGGUACAAGCGCUACGCAUUCAAUUUGAGGCAGCAGUUAAACGAGCUGAUCACCUCGAGGGUUUAUUAGCACAACAGAGAAAACUCAUCGGCACAACACCUGCAAAUAGCAAUAACACGCCAAAGAAACCGGCACCAUCUUAA